AUGGCAGCACAAGGAACCCCAGUGAUACAGUAUUCCCUGUCUGAGGUACUGGUACAAGCCCAUCAUGUACCACAGCAGUUUCAGCCUAAAUCUCCCAGAGUUCUCUCUGGUCCUGAGCAACAGCUGGUCACUCUGACCGAUCCAUGGGCCUCUCAACCCAACCCCAAUGCAGGUCUCGGUCAACUUCCAGCACACUUUCAAUACUUUCCCUAUUCUCAUCCCCAGCAACCGCAGUUUUUAUAUUAUCCCAUUCUUGGACCACAAUCCAGGAACCCAACAUUCUCCUAUGGAGUGCCUGUUUUCCAGAACGCAUCGUCUCAACAAUAUCCUGCUAAUGCAGUUCCAGCUUCACGACUGGUAAUGCUACAAAACAAACAACACAAGCCAAAUGCUCAUCAAAUGCAUCCAAACCAGCCUCAGCAAGAACAGGUUCAACAAUUUCUUUACAUGGUUCCACAGAUUCAACAACGAAUGGUGAAUGAAUCGGCAUGAACUGUUAUACAAUUGAAUAUUUAUUUUCUAAAUAUGUUAUUGGGAUGUAAUUCCUUAUGUGAAUGUUUUUUAAAGGCUGGACCAUAUGGUGGAUUGAGCUGCGAAGAA